UUUCUCGGGCAGCGAAGGCAGACGAGCAGCGAAGAAUGGAGAGCGCUGCUAGCGAGACUCCGCCGUUAGCGUGAAACAUCAGUAACAACAAGUAACACCGAAAACCUCACAUUAAGCUCCAGGCAUUCGUGUACACUUGGCGUGACAAAUACACAAGCUGUGUCCGGAUCGUCUGGAUUUAUCGCAGCGAAGGUCUUCCACCUUCUCCUUGCUCUGACAAAUGUUGAGGUCAGAGAUCACCCUGUGCGACAACUGUUAGAGGUGACGGGGUGAGGACGGGGAGGAGUGUUGGUUAGCUGUACCAGGUUUUGUCUCAUGAGAGUGACUGUGCCGUGCAGGCACUGCCAGUGACCAGGGCUGUGGCUGUGGUGGGCCCGGCCCAGGAGGCCUUCUUGUACAUCACUCCAGGCUCCCGCUGACCUGUGCUGCUCACACCAUGGAUCCACAAAGAGAUAAAUAUGGGGAUCGGCCUGCCAGGAGCACUAAAGUUUCCCAGGGCAGCCGCAGCGGACACUCGUCCCGACCAUCUGGCUCUUCAAGCUCCUCUGGAGUCCUCAUGGUGGGGCCAAAUUUUCGUGUGGGCAAGAAGAUUGGCUGUGGAAAUUUUGGUGAAUUGAAGCUUGGUAAAAAUCUCUACACCAACGAGUAUGUAGCUAUUAAACUGGAACCAGUGAAGUCCAGGGCACCACAGUUGCAUUUAGAGUACCGGUUCUACAAAACACUGGGAACUACAGCAGAAGGCGUGCCCCAGGUGUUUUACUUUGGGCCCUGUGGGAAAUACAAUGCCAUGGUUCUGGAGCUGCUGGGCCCGAGUCUAGAGGACCUCUUUGACCUUUGUGACAGGACCUUUUCACUGAAGACUGUGUUAAUGAUAGCAAUUCAGCUGAUUUCUCGAAUGGAGUAUGUGCACUCUAAAAAUCUCAUCUAUAGAGAUGUAAAACCUGAAAACUUUCUCAUUGGAAGGCAAGGGAAUAAAAAGGAACACAUUAUCCACAUCAUUGACUUUGGCCUGGCCAAAGAGUACAUUGACCCCGAGACCAAAAAACACAUUCCAUACCGGGAGCAUAAGAGUUUGACUGGCACUGCCCGAUAUAUGUCCAUCAAUACACAUUUAGGCAAAGAGCAAAGCCGGCGAGAUGACCUGGAGGCCUUAGGCCACAUGUUCAUGUAUUUCCUUCGUGGGAGUCUACCUUGGCAAGGACUAAAGGCUGACACGUUGAAAGAACGAUACCAGAAGAUUGGAGACACAAAACGAAACACUCCCAUUGAGGUCCUCUGUGAGAACUUCCCAGAGGAGAUGGCCACCUACCUGCGAUAUGUGAGACGGUUGGACUUCUUUGAAAAGCCUGACUAUGAAUAUCUGAGGACUCUGUUCACUGAACUGUUUGAGCGAAAAGGAUACACCUUCGACUACACUUACGACUGGGUUGGCAGGCAGAUACCAACACCAGUGGGGUCUGUCCAUAUAGACUCUGGAGCUUCUGCCGUCACGAGAGAGAGCCAUCCGCACAGAGACCGGCCCUCACAGCACCCACCUAUUAGAAAUCAGACAGCGGUCUCAGAUCGACGAGGAGCAUGGGAGGUGCAGCCCACACGCCAAGCAAACUCCUCCUAUCUGACCUCCCACCUGGCACCGGACAGGCACGGGGGCUCAGUGCAGGUGGUCAGUUCGACAAACGGGGAGCUGAAUGCAGAUGAUCCACUGGCAGCUCAUUCCAACGCUCCGAUUACAGCUCAGGCAGAGGUGGAAGUGGUCGACGAGGCCAAGUGCUGCUGUUUCUUCAAGCGAAAACGGAAGAAGAACACACAGAGGCACAAAUGAUCGUCCACCACCGGCCUAAAUCGUUCAAAGUGUCCGGCUCAGUUGAUUGUGAUUUCAGAAAUCAAUAAGGUCCCGUUCAGAAUAAAAGAGGACAACUGAAAGAUCUUGAUUGAAUUGUCCUCUGGAGGGACCAGUUAAAAAUGGUUUGUUGAGAUGUACAAGACGCUUGUGUCUCUUGAUGGGAGUCCUAUUUUAAUUUUUCUUUUCUUUUCUUUUUUUUCUUCUUUUUUUCUUCUUUUUUUCUUUUUUAUUUUUCCCCCCCUCCUGGAUGUGUGGGAAUGUUUUGCAGGCCAGUCGGCCCCACGGGGAACCUAAUUGUUGGAAUUUUGCAGAGGAUAAUCUUUUUUUUUUUUUUUUUUCCUCCCCAAGACACCCAGCAUUCGUAUUUUUCUCUCCUCGUUUUUGGCUUUUCUUUGUUGCUGUCUCUCUUCUGUGGUAUUGCCAAGGAAGAGACAGGUCUCCCUGUGAAAUCUUGUCACCUUCAACCUGUUGCAUACUAUGGUUUCUUUUCGUUUUACUCACAAAAUCAUCUUUUCAUUUCCCCCGUCAGUCCCAGUUCAAAGUGGUUUGCCUGUUGUUAGAUUGCUAAAUCAUUUUGACACAAAGCCCUUCUGGUCAUUCCUGACAUGGGGCUGAAUGUAAACCUGAACACACGAGGAGCCAAGAGUGUAACAGAGAGCAUCAAUCUGCUGGCCCCUGCACUUUUUUCCUCCCAAAGAGGUCAACCCUGGAACUGGGACCCAGGCCUGAGAGAACAGACGACCAGAGACUUCUCCUGCGCUGUUCUCUCCGAGGAUGAUUUCUGCUCAUGCUGCUUGGUUAAAGCACUCCCCUUAACCACGCCGCUGUCAAAACACACUACAGUCUCUUUUGACUAUCAUGCAGUUUUGCUCCUGUCGGCUUUGUGAUCAUGAGCGGCAACCUGACUCUUGUAGAUGCGGCUGAAAAAAAGAAAAAAAAAAAAUGCUAUUUAUGCUAUUUAUCUCUUGGUUGCUACCAGUUUUCUUACUAAUUCUAAAACAUACACAUUGAAUGUCUGGACAGAAAAGUAAACGACUUUGGAGCAUUCAUAUAAUCUGUUAUGCGCAUGGAAAGGAAAUUGCAGUUAGGGAGUUAAGACCAAUGUUUAAAAAAGGAACAAAGUGACACCAAAAUUAAGUGGAUUUGUGGGUUGGGAGAGUCUUAAUUGUUCUUGAUCUUAAUAAUGUGAUGGUUAAUAACGGACUCUACACCAGUAGACACCGGGGGAUGUUGCUUUGGAGCGACAAGAGAAACUGGUGUGAUAUGGUUUGGAGAUUGAAUCACAGCCUCUCGACGCUACUGUCCAAUGCCUUAACCCCAACCAGUCGACCACCACACACCACACCACCAGCUGGAUGAACAAGUUGGCAGCACGAUGGUUGUGAGAUUUGCUGCACAACUUUUGGGGUCACCUGUAUAAUAAAGCCCAUUGCUGCAGACUGUUCCCAGCUAGCAUCAGAGCAGUUAAUGACUUCCCAUGUAACACUGACGAUAUAUUCUCAAAAAAAAAAGCAAUGCCAAAUGUAAUGUUUGGUGUGACAUUCUGUAAUGGUGUUAAGAUGUCCCUGCCCCUGCGUGCCCUGUCUGAAGACCCCCGUGCUGCAAAAGCGACGUUUGAUGUUUGGGUCCCUCUCCUCGACGCUGAGAGAGCAAACCUUGUGUCACGGCGAAGGGCGGAUAAGAACAUGUCCAUACCAUUAUUGUAUUUUUAUUUAGUGUCAUGGAGGACUGCCUUGAAACAAUAUCCUCAAAACGUCACCUUGCCUAUCCUCCUGACAGAGAGUGAAUUACCGUACAUAGGUGUUUUAUUUUUUUAUUUUAUAUCUUGCUAAUGUGAAUUUUUUUGAAUGCAAUUUUUGUUUUCCAUUCCAAAUAGCCAUGGUUUUAUGGGGAAAGAGAGGGUAACAAAAAAAAAAGGAAAAGGAAAAAAAAAAAGAAGCUCGAAACCAUGACUGCACUACAUUUGUUGACCCCGGCUUUCCCUGAAAAGACCCUGCCUUCUUAAUACUGUACUUUAAACGUGCUGAUUACUUUAAUUGUAGCUGCCUCGUGUGCUAGGCCUUCCCUAUAGGGUGCAGGGAAUACACUUUAAAAUUGAUUUUUAUCCCCGCCCGCUCCUUUUUUUGUGCCAUGACACCCUCCUCCCACCCCUCUUCUCUCUGCGCGCACACACAGACACACACACAGACACGCACACACGCAAGUCCUAGAUGAAUCAACUCUCAGCGGAGUGUUUAGAUUUGGCGUUUUGUGGACUUGCUCCAUCAUCUUUAGAAAAUACAAUGUUGUAGAUGUUGCAAACUAUCUCAAUGAAUCAGUAUGUAAACCUGCUUGUUGCGUGUAUUUACACUGUAUAGCUUUUGGUUAAUUCUUACCCCUGACAUGUCAGUUACUCCAGGGUCUAAGUUAUUGUGUUAUUGAAAGUACUUGAAUAUGAAAAUCUAUGGGACCUUUUCGGUUUGUUUGUUUUUAUUUUCGUGGUCAUUAUCUUAAUAUUUCCACACAUAGGAUUUGAGAGGAACGGUGGGAAAAAAGAAAAGGCUAUUUGAAUGACAGGUAUUCAUUUCUUUGAGAUGUCUUAGUGCCUCUUGAGUAUGUUGGACAGGUGAAGUUUGUCAGACUCACCUGUGGAGUCUUGUGUUAGCUGGUGUAAAUGACCGGAUGAGGCUUUAGCUAGUCACUAGCUUUACCCAGGAGAGGUGCAGUUAGAUGUGGGUUUGGAGGUUAAAAUCACUAUUUUUUUUUUGUCUCUGUGAAACAUUCAUUGUAAUGUACCUUUUUAUCUGGUGAGGGUGAAUCCCCCUUUUUUUUUUUUCUUUUUUUUUUUUUCUUCAGACAUCAAACCUGUGACAUCUGCUGCCUAUGAUUCUCCCCUCAAAGCAUCAGCGGCACCUGGAGUGUUCUUAUUCCAGCUACCUGAGAAAAGUUGAAAGUAUUCCUGUGUAGUGAGAUGGAUAUCAAGACUAUACAGCCUUCAGUGUUUUUUCCCCCCGAAUUCCUCGAGUGCCAUUCCUGAGACUACUACUAGCCCCAUGCCUUUUACCUGUGCCAGAAAAAUAUGAAGUUGAAUGUUUUUUUGACCAUUGCAUUCCACCUUGUGUCCUUGAUGUGUCCACUGUCAUUUUGAAAAAUCUCAGAGCGACAUGGCUCAAUUCAGUACCAUGAAGUGUUGGAGAGUGUCAGUAAAAGUGUUUUGUGAGGUUUUUUUUUCCCGUCGGUUUCUUUCUUACGUCGCAACUCAAAAGAAACGGACCAGGUUUAUUAUUUCUGAGUCGAAUACGUGACUGAGCAUCUCUGCGGCGUCUGUUCCUUUAUCCUUAAACUGUGGGACGCCUCACCCUUCGGCUCACGGCUGACAUGGUAGAUAUAGACAUACUGUAUUACGCCGAUGUAUUUACUUUUUACUCUCUGGGCCUCGUACAGAGCAGUAUAGGAGAACUCUGUAUGAUUUUUAUCCGCAUGGCUUAUCUGGAGACGACGGCGAGCGGUCUCUCCCACCCAGUGAAUUUUUCUCUCCUGCAGGGCUCAUUUACUGUCGGGUCACUGAGACGUUAUGGCUUCCAGUCUUCACGUGAAAAUAAAUGAGUUUUUCAUGUCUUCUCACAGCACAUUCCAUUUCAGAUCUCAUCAUUUCUCACACAGUUCACCUCAGUCAGACUCGUUUUUAUGGCCGCGGUUGUGUGUAACUCAUCCCUGUGUGUCAAAGCCGUGUAAAUCAAAGCAAAAGGACAGCUAAAGUGUGAAUGAAUGGCUUAGGUCUUUUUUGGGUUCUCUGGCACUUUUUCCCCUUGUUGCUGUACUGUAGAAUUGUCUUGGAUUUACUGUAUAUUUUUCUUUGAAGGAGAGGUUUAGGGUGACAUUUACUGCAAUAUCGUGAUGAUUAUUUGAAAAUUGUAAAUUGUACAGUGUUCACUAUUGUAGUCUGUUUUUUCUGUUGGGAUUCCAUAUAAAAGAUGUAUUCUUUGAGUUUUUUUUAUUUUAUUUUAUUUUUUUUCCUCUUAGACUGUGGAAAAUCAAAUUGUACAGCUCCAAGAGUUUAUCCUCCCCUCAACGUUUUUUUUUUUUUUUUUUUUUUUCUCCCAGAGCUAUGAUUAAGAGAAAUCUUAAAACUGUAAAUAAAUAUUAUUGUGUUGAAAUAUGAAUGUCACUUCAAAAAUGUAUUCGAAUGAGUUAGUCAAGGGCUUCAAGAAUGAAGGACCCACAUUUCUUCUUUUUAUGGUUUCAUAUUUUUAAUUUGCAGAAAGGUAA